GGAGUGUCGAGCUGCUCGAUGUGACAGUGGAUCCUCCGCCGCACCGGCCAUUUCCCGCCGGCCCGGCGCCGAGCGCGGUCACCGCUCUGCUCCUGUCCUGUCCUGUCCUGUCUUGUCUUGUCUUGUCUUGUCCUGUCUGCUUCCCUCCUGUCCUGUCUGCUUCCCUCCUGUCCCUUCCUCUCCACCCCUCCGGGCCCGCCGGUGCGGGUGACCCGGCCGCUCCCCGCUGCCUCCUCCAAGCAUCCCCAGCCCGGCCAUGCCGCCCAAAUUCAAGCGGCACCUGAACGACGACGAGGUGACGGGCUCGGUGAAGAGCGAGCGGAGGAACCUGUUGGAGGAAGACUCAGAUGAAGAGGAAGACUUUUUCUUGAGGGGGCCUUCUGGACCCAGGUUUGGACCCAGGAAUGACAAGAUCAGGCAUGUCCAGAACCAGGUGGACGAGGUCAUCGAUGUCAUGCAGGAGAACAUCACAAAGGUGAUCGAGAGAGGCGAGCGGCUGGAUGACCUGCAGGAUAAAUCAGACAGUUUAUCAGACAAUGCAGCAGCUUUUAGCAAAAGAGCCAAGCACCUCCGGAGACAGAUGUGGUGGCGAGACUGUAAGAUGAAGGCGAUCAUAGCGAUGGUGGUGGUUAUUCUCCUGCUCGUGAUCAUUGUACCCAUAGUCCUGAAGUACCGUUCCUGACGGGGCAGCUGGAGGCUUCGCUGGAGCAGCCUCUGGGAUGUCCAAACUGCUGUGUAAUUUAAGUGAGAUAUCUGUAUAUAGCUUUGAAGUUGUUUUUCUCCCGGGAGCAAGGAGCAGGAGGAGGUGGCAAGAGGCCAGUUCUAAAGGAGUGUUUUAGGAACUGCCAAACAGCCCUUGUCCGGUCGAGUACCUGUUCCUCCCGUCAGACUUAUUUUUUAUAACAGAAGAUUCGGAUCCCAAAUCGCCUGUUUUGGGGAACUCUGGGUCUCUGGUUUGGAGCUGGCUACUUGCCACUACAAUCUAUCUGUAUAUAUGGUUGAGUUGUAAUAUUAAUAAUAAUACUGUUCAAGAAGCUCCCUGCUGUGGAAGGCAGAGGGGACUCUGUCCUUUAAUCAGAGAAAAAGAGGGGAUAAAUGUCUGAAGAGAAACACACCAAUAUAUUACAGGAAACUGGCUCUUCUGUGGAGAACUGCAAGGGUGUUGUUUCUCUUGUGUUAAAAAAAAAAAAAAAGGAGAAAAAAAAGAAAUUCGGUUUCACGAUCCAGAAGACUUUCUGGUCCUGCCAUGGGAAUGCACAAGCUCAGUGUUUUCAGUAUUGCUGCUUACAGCUGUGACUAAAGACAUUCCAGUAAACCUAUUUUUGACUGUA